AUGGGAAGGCGUCCUCUCCUCCUGCUGCUGCUGCUGCUGCUGCUGCUGCUGCUGCUGCUGCUGCUGCUGCUGCUGGCGGCUGCUGCUGCUGCGGUAAUGCCUCCAUCACUCUCCAUCAGCUCUCCUCCACCGACCUGGAUGAACAAAUUAGCAUCGAUAAUUGUUACUGUGUCGACAAUAAGGACACGGCUCGCUAACUUUACUGUGAGGGGUGUCGCUGAGGAGGACCAGAGGGGGACCAGCAGGAGGGAAGAGGAGGACCAGAGGGGGACCAGCAGGAGGGAAGAGGAGGACCAGAGGGGAACCAGCAGGAGGGAAGAGGAGGACCAGAGGGGGACCAGCAGGAGGGAAGAGGAGGACCAGAGGGGAACCAGCAGGAGGGAAGAGGAGGACCAGAGGGGGACCAGCAGGGGGGAAGAGGAGGACCAGAGGGGGACCAGCAGGAGGGAAGAGGAGGACCAGACAGGAACCAGCAGGAGGGAAGAGGAGGACCAGAGGGGGACCAGCAGGGGGGGCAGAGGGGGACAUAGAAGGACAACCAGAGGACCAGAAGGGGACCAUCAGUGGAGCAGAGAAGGACCAGAGGGAGACCAGCAGGAGGAAAGAGGAGGACCAGACGGGGACCAGCAGGAGGGAAGAAGAGGACCAGAGAGUGACCACCAGGAGGACCAGAGGGGGACCAGCAGGGGAGAAGAGGAGGACCAGAGGGGGACCACCAGGGGGGAAGAAGAGGACCAGCAGGGGAGCAGAGGAGGACCAUCGAGAGACCUGAGGGGGGCCUCCAUGGGGACCAGAGGAGCCCAACCAGGGGAGUAG